CGGUCCCAGAGCUUCUGGUUCGGCCUGUGAGGUCGUUGGAGGACCCAGCCCGGGUCUACGAAGGCUGGAGGCCACAAGGACGAGACUCAGCUGCUGCUGCUACCAAAGACAUAUCUGCUUCUGCCACACAACCCGCAACUCACUCACUUCCGCUUCCGGCGGUUCCCCGGACGCAACAACUCCUCUCGAAGGUUCCGCACGGAGGAAUCUUUCUUGACAUGUUGUUUUCAUUAAAGCGUUAAAGGUCAAAGGUUAGACGCACACGGCGUAACCAAGUCGUCUUUGUCAGUCCGCCGAAUCUUUUUCACGGGAGUCAACGGAACAAAGGUCCGAGCCGCGCGCCGGGACGCCGUUGCCUUGGAAACCCAAGCGUCGACGUAACCUACUUUUCCCGUUACCGUGCGGUUCACGCGCUGUUACUGACUCCACAGACGACGCGCCAUGGCCGCGCCGUCCGAGUCCCUCCUGAAGUACGACCGUCCGGUUUUAGUCAACAAGAAACCCGCCGAGGACCCGGGAGAGCCCACAUCAGAAGCCACUGAUGGCCCCAGGCUGGGAAUUCAGGAGAUCCUCAACCGCACCUUCCCACCCAGGGAUUGGGUGGAGGAGGACCAGGUGUGGGGGCAGCAGGUGUCCAGUGCACCUUUCACCGGGGCCGACGUCGCUCGCCUCAAGGGGCUCCUGGACAGGAAGCUGCUGCAGUCGCGGGUCAGAGAGACGGGACUGUGUCCCCAGCGCAGGGAGCUCUACUCCCAGUGCUUCGAUGAGCUGAUCCGGCUGGUGACCAUCCAGUGCGCUGAGAGGGGGUCGUUGCUGCUGAGGGUCAGAGAUGAGGUCCACAGGACCUUCGCCGCCUACCAGACGCUGUAUGAGAGCGGCGUGUUUUUUGGAGUGAGGAAAGCGCUGCUGGCUGAGGUGGACAUGAUUGACAGGAGGAGAACUAGCUCUGAAGUGGAGGAGGAGACGCGACGCCUGAGGAAGCGAGUGAAGGAACUGAGAGCCGACAUUGAAGCGGCUGAAGGGAGCCACGGCGAGACGAGGCGGGCGAAGAACAAGGAGCGCGAGGAGGAGAUCGAGAUUCUGAAGGGUCUCAACCAGCAGCUCAAGAGCCAACUGGAAGGGAUGCUUUCAGCAUAGAAUAAUCACAGGUACAUGUGAGCCAGGGUCCCUGCACCUUCUCUGAUGCCUCAUCAUUUAUCAUCUUAUAGUGUUACAUUUUGAUGGAAUAAAUCAAUUCCUUCAAACCUGAGUCAGAGCAGCUUUCACUCAGGUUUGAAUUUGUAUGGAAGCGAUGCAACGACUAUAAAAUACAGCCAGAUGAGUCUCUGAUUUUUGCAAACAUGAAGUUAGUUGAUGUGAAAUAAAGGCUGAAAAGAUCUCUAGUGGGAAGCUGGUUUAUUGGAGCCGGAUUAAAUCUGCACUUUUGUUUAGUAGAGGUUCACAUAGAUAUGCAGUGUAUAACCCUUUACUGGCAUAUAUUUUAACUUUAUUAUCAUCUUUCAAAGAUGCAAGACAUGUUUUUUACAGCCACAAUAAACUUUUUUAAGCCAAA